ACCAGCACUUCCAACCUCUACAACCUUCAAGCAAGCUCACCACUAGCUCCAAUCCAAAUCAAACCCACUCAUAACCAUGAAGACCGCUUUCAUCCCCCUCUUCGCUGCCUCUCUUGCCGGCAUCACGGCCAGCGCCAGCAUCAAAUCCCACUUCAGGCCGGACUGUACGGGAGGCUACCUCUCCUUCCCCGAAGUCAAUGCCCACCAAUGCGCCCACGGCGUUCAACACACCGACGAACGCCUCGACAUCCCCGGAACCCCAUCCGCCUCAUACACUGGCAUACCCUCUAACUCCCAACUCUUCGGCUGGCGCUCCACUCACGACGCCUCAUUUUGCGGCGAGCUCAAGGCGCGCUACAGCGUCGGGGACGAGAAGUCCAAGUGUGUGACCCACACCGAGGAUACGGGCUUUGAGGGCACAAGCUGGGCUAAGAAAGGCGACAAUGAGAAGUGCGAAGGCUCGAUCGAUCCGAGUUGGCUCGUCCUAGACGAUGGACAUAUGUACAGCCUGAAGAAUAUGUCGCUGACGAUGAUCUCGGAUUUGUAUAUUUUUGGGGUAAACGGGAAGACGUAUGCUGGGUUGCCGGACAGCUAUGAUGAUUACGAGGUGUAUAAGAACGGUGUUGAGAGCCGUUUGCAGGAUAUGUAAAAGGAGGAGGACCAAGUAUAGCGCUUUUCGUUUAAGGGAGACGAAAGGUAAUGGGAAGGCUUUUUUGAGGGCAUUAUGUUUCCUUCAUUUGGGUUUCGCGUUUGGCAGGACGCUCAUGUGGAUGUUUGCCCC